AUGGCGGGGCCUGAAACCUUCUUGGCACCCGGUGUGUCCGCAUCUGUGUGGCGUAGCAACAUGAGCGGCGCUGAUGACUUCAAUGCCACGGCCGUUACUUUUGGUGGCUCGGACACAUUCGGACCCAUCAACAGCCACUUCUAUCAGGUGUCAUUGGAAGGCGUGGUCUUGGAGGCACUUUUGGCGAUCACUGUGGUCUCGCUAUGCGUGACUGCGGUGUGCGUUCACAGAGGUUGGGUUGGCCCUCUGCGGCUGCAGCCGGGGGAUCUGCGAGCGUUGACCACCUUCUCGGAUGCUUACCGCAUAGCGGAUCUGGAGCUAGAGGCAGACGUGUUGAGCUACGAAGUGGAGAACUGGUGUUGUAUCGGCAAGCGCAUUUCUGCGACAUGCCCCAUCCUGGAUUGGAGUGAGAUGUUCUCGGGUGCCCCGAGAGGUUUCCUUGUGGACUUGGCCAAGGGCAUCGACACAGAGCUGCUUGCGUUCCAGCACCGGGUCUGGUUGAGCAAAGGCGACUUUGCUGCACAUCUGCCCACUGUCUUGGUCGCACAAGAGUGGCGGAGGUGGGCCAUGGAGGAACUCCAGCAUGCCGUGUCGCCAAAAGAAGAGCACAGAGAAGCGAUCCGCCGUCGCAUCAAAUGGAUCAACAACAUCCGAGAUCUUUCUCUGCUGGGAGUGGCCCAGCUACGAGAUACCCAGUGUUGGGACGAUUCGGAUUCUCUGUCACUGCUCAUCACGUUCAGAGAGCAUAUUUUGCCAGACCUGAGAAAGUACCACAAUAACUGGUCCGUUUUCGAGAUGAUGCAGUCAUUCUCGGCCGGAGCUGGCGACGUGGUCGGCUUCUUCACACAAACGCUUCGGAACACAAUGCGCUUUCUGGAGAAAGUUUUCUGUACAUCCGAGCUGCGAAUGAAUCCUCUGCAAGGAAAGGCCAAAGACAUGAACAACUUGGUCGACCGCAAUGUGAUGGAGUUCAUUGAAUACUCUGGCCUUUUCCACAGCAGUUUUCCGGAGAACUUUCGGAGCAAGUUCUUCGAUCCGGAGCAGCUCAAACGUUUGGAGGAGGAGGUGGUGAACUCAGCGUCUUCGCCGCCUUCGACCUUCCGCACAGUCAGAAAGCAUCCAGAGGACAUGGCCGACGUUGAGAAGGAGCAUGUCAGAGCGAUGCAAAAGGAGUACUCAUCCUCGCAGUUUGGCUUGCAAGCAAACGAGGGCGAGUUUAUCGAGAUGCUAAGGCAUUAUGUCGUUCUUUUGCGACACUGCUACGUGCUGCUGGAUGUGGUUCUGCUUCUGACCAGUAUACAGAGCUUUGCAAGGCUUGGUGGCACCAGCCUGAUGGCGGAUCUCGUGAGCAAACCUCAUGGUCAAAGUGUCAUGUCCUUUGCGAAAACCGAAGUGUCAGAAGUCAAGCAAAACCUCGUCCAGAUUGCCGACAUCGCUCAAGGCGGCUGGUCGAACUUCCGAAGGCAGUCCUGGCAGUGGAGGCACAGUCCGUGGUCAAACCUGAGUCCCCUUGACAACGUGCGAAUGUCCAUCAACCUCAUGGACACCGUCGAGAGGACAUAUGAGAAUGCCAUCCACAAGAUUGGAGUUCUGAAAGCGCAAAUAGCUAAAGCUCGUGGCGGUGGCGACUCAUCGAGGGAGCUGUCGGCUGAAGUGCAGUUUUAUCACAAGUUCUGGGAUCUGCUGGUGAAGAAGCACAGCGUGCCCCCAGAUGAUGUCGUGUACAUUUGA